CCAGGGGUAAGCGCUUCCGGAUUGUGACGAGAGACGUGUUGUGUUGUCGUCUUUGAGGAAGAUGUCAGCGCACGAGCACCUGUCUUUCUGUCUUUGCGAUUUAAUCAGGUUACUGUGGUCACUGCUGUUGCCAUGUCUCUAUCUGAGUCUUGUCCUGACAGCCAUCCUCUUCCUCUUCAUCAUGGGAGUGAGAAGCUGGCUGCAGAUGAAGAGGAAGAGCAGGAGAGCUCAGGACGGCCGUCUUGCUGUGGCCUUCUUCCACCCAUACUGCAAUGCAGGAGGAGGAGGAGAGAGAGUGCUGUGGUGUGCUUUACGGGCUCUUCAAAACAGGUACCAAGAUGUUUCCUUCGUGGUUUACACUGGUGAUCAGGGUGUGACAGCAGAAGAGAUUUUAGAUGGAGCGCGGCGGCGCUUCAACAUCAGACUCCCUCGAGCCGUUAAGUUUGUGUUCCUGAAACAUCGUCUCCUGGUGGAGGCCAGACUUUACCCACACUUCACCCUUCUGGGGCAGAGCGUGGGCUCCAUCUUCCUGGGGUGGGAGGCCUUGACUGAGUUUGUUCCAGAUCUCUACAUUGACUCGAUGGGCUAUGCCUUCACCCUGCCUGUGUUCCGUUAUCUGGGUGGAUGUCCUGUGGGAAGCUAUGUGCACUACCCAACCAUCAGCACUGAUAUGCUGUCAGUGGUUCGAGAAAGAAACCCACGGUUCAAUAAUGCAGACUACAUCUCCAGUAACCCUGUACUGAGUGCCAUCAAAGUGAUUUACUACUGUGUCUUUGCGCUGCUGUAUGGUCUGGCCGGAUCCUGUAGUGACGUAGUCAUGGUAAAUUCCACCUGGACUUUAGGUCACAUUCUGGCUCUGUGGCGCGCUCCUAACCGCACCAGUGUAGUCUUUCCACCAUGCGACGUUCAGGCCUUCCUGGACAUCCCUAUUGGAGAUGAGGAUGAAGAGAAGGAGAGAAAAAAGUGUCACUCUGUGGUGUCCGUGGGUCAGUUCCGGCCUGAAAAAGACCAUCGGCUGCAGAUCAAGUCUUUUAGAAAACUUCUGGACAGGAAGGGGGUGGAGCCUGGCGGGCGAGAGACCGUGAAGCUGGUGUUGAUUGGUGGAUGUCGUAACCAGGAAGAUGAGGAGAGGGUACAGAUGCUGAAGGGAUUGUGUCUGGAUCUGGGUGUGGUGGACAGGGUGGAGUUUAAACUCAAUAUCCCAUUUGAAGAACUGAAGAAAGAUUUAACAGACGCCACCAUCGGGUUGCACACAAUGUGGAAUGAACAUUUCGGUAUUGGUGUAGUGGAGUGUAUGGCUGCAGGAACAAUCAUUCUGGCUCACAAAUCCGGUGGUCCGAAGUUGGACAUUGUAGUUCCCUAUGAUAACGGUCCAACUGGCUUCCUGGCAGACGAUGAAGACAGUUAUGCAGAUGCCAUGGAGCGAAUCCUUUCCAUGACUCCUGCAGCUCGAUUAGAGAUCCGACGCCGGGCACGUCUGUCCGUCACCCGCUUCUCAGACCAGGAGUUUGAAGGCUCAUUUCUUUCAGCCGUGGAGCCUCUAAUGUCAACACUAAGACUGUGAGCGUUCGGAGGGGGCCAUGGGGACUGACUAUAGUGAAUCAGCUACAUAUAGUUCAGUCUUGUGAUAGCUCCAUAGUGCUGACUCCAAGUCAUUCCUUGUCUAGAGCAGAAGUGAGCACUUCACACCUGCCUGUUUUGUGAACAUUUGCUCUUUAAGUAACAUCACUAAGGGAAGGGAAAAGCAUCAUGGGAAAUGCUAGUUCUGGUGAAAUGCCAGCUUUUGCUUUAACUUAACGACAGAUUGAAUGACAGAUUGCUGCAAAUGAAAAAAAAAAAGUAGUAGAUUUUGUUUAAUUGAAAUGCAAACAUGAAGUUCUUUUCUUCAUAUCUGUUAUAUGUACAUUGUGAUGUAAUAGUUUUGUUUUCUUUUAUUGUAAAAGGUUUUAGAGGUUUACACAACAAGACUAAUGUAUAAAAAAAAAAGAGAUAAGUUUCUCUUGGAAGAUUCAAAUCAUACUAGUGCUUUAUGUUCCUUUUUUUGUUUAUAAUAAAUUAUAUAUGAGUGGUGGUCUGGAAAUAUAAACGAAAUGUUUGUCCUGUUUUUUUUCUGGAAAAUAGACUGAAUUCACUAUAACCAAUCAUUUUAAGUAGCAAUAUUUUCAUUUAAUUAU